AUGCGGGUAAUGAGGGUAUUGUUGCUGUGUUUGACGUACCUCGUGGGAGGUGGGACGUUUGUGGUACUCCUCAUAGUUUGUCACAGAGGUUUACUAUGGCUUAUAUCACUCGCGUUUAUCAUGGUGUGGACGUUUCUUUCGUAUAUUUUGAAUUCUUGGGCAAGCAUGCCUCUACGGCAGCAGCGAUUCCCUCCAUCAUCGUCUUCUUCCAACGUUGAUAAGAUUGCUGUCGAAAUGGAAAUGGGGGUAUUCAAUUAUAGAUGUGAUCAAGAAGGAGAGAAGGGAUGCGUUAUCUGCCUGUGUGAAUACGAAGAGGAUGAGCAGGUGGUGGCACUAAAACCGUGUCAUCACAAUUUUCAUGUGGACUGCAUUCGAAGGUGGCUACAGUGCAAGUUUCAGUGUCCUCUCUGCAAGGCAUGUCCACUUCAGGAAUUUGGAUCCCACACUCAAAAUGAUGUUGUGCUUCAAAUUCCACCUACGCCCCCUGUGGCGGAUUGA